AUGCCCCAAGCUAACAACGCUUUCGCUUUGACAUCAUACAUUGAUAUUAACGCUUCGCUCCAGAGGUUUUGGGAGCUAGAGGACAUCAGUUCCACAACCAAAUUGGAACCUGAUGAUGAACAAGUGGAGAAACACUUUCUCGCUACGCACACUCGAGAUGAAAAGGGGAAGUACAUCGUGGAACUUCCAUUCAAGCUCACUAAUCCUGAAUUUGGGGAUACUCUACAAGGAGCUCUUAAUCGUUUCCAAUCGGUCGAACGACGGUUACAACAAUAUGCAAAUCUAAGAGCAAAAUAUGUCAACUUGAUGAGGAAAUACUUCGAUUUGGGGCAUAUGCGCGAACUGCCACCAGAUGAAGUAAAUAAUGCACAACGGUUUUAUCUACCACAUCACCCGGUUUUGGGGCCUAGCAUUCAACGCGAUCUAUUUGCUGUCUGCUUGCGCUUUCGGAUGUAUAAAUUUGUAUUCUCAGACGAUAUAGUCAAGAUGUUUCGGCAGAUUUGGGUGAACAACAAACACCGACUGCCAGAGAAUUGUCUGGAGAGAAAGGCCAUCGGAUCCAAUCAAACACUAUCAACUAUGCACCGUCACUUAUGGCACCUCAUGUGCACCAUUCCUGGCUGUUAG